AUGGGCCAAUCCUUGAUCAGCGGUCUGGAUCUGGACCUGAGCUCCAUGUUCCUGCUCUUCGUCACCGUCUGCGCCUUCAUGAUCCCCGUGGUGGUGAUCCUGCCCCCGAUCCCGCUCAGCAAGAGCGACGCGCUGCUGCAGACGCACUCCAAGGCCGGCGUCAAGCCCGCCAAGAGCAACCUGCGCGACCAGCACGCCGCCGAAGCGCACGCGCUGCAGCCCGGCCACCCGGCGCGCAUCCACAGCCUCGUCGUCUACCCCGUCAAGUCGUGCCGCGGCAUCGAGGUCACGCGGUCGCGCGUGUUUCCCCAGGGGCUCGAGUUCGACCGGCUGUUCACCUUUGCGCAGCUCAAGAGCCCGUUUCCGGCGCCGGUGCAGGAUGCGGGUGCAGCCAACGCCACCAAGAACGCCGAGGAGGAGAAGAGCCGGCACCGCUGGGAGUUCAUCACGCAGCGCCAGUUCGCGCGCCUCGCCACCGUCAAGGUCGACCUGUGGCAGCCGGACGAGAUGAAGCUGCGCAAGCAGUCGCUGCGCACGCGCGAGGCCUUCCUGACGUUGCGCUUCCCCUGGCGCGGCCACGGCUGGCGCGGCGUCUGGGACGUCGUGACCACGAAGCUGGGCCGGGGCGUCAGGGCCGAGCCCGAGAGGGAGAUCCUGCUGCCUGUUGAUUUCCCGUCCGAGGCUGAGAUCCGCGAUAAGGGGUACGCGUACGAGGAGGUCCGCAUCUGGAAGGACACGGCUACGGCGCUCAAUAUGGAGAGGGACCUGCCCGAGGAGCUGCGCCUGUACCUGGGCGUCAGUAAUAAGCUGGGCUUGUUUCGUAUCGAUCCCGCGCGGUUGCGCGAGGUCUACAGGUGUGCGCCGCGCAAGGAGGCUGCUGGGUAUCAGCCUGUGACGGGAUUUCAAGACGCCUACCCGCUACACAUGUUGAACCUCAGCAGCGUACAAAAGUUCAGCUCCGAGGUGCCGAAGGACCAAGACCUGAAGCAGCUUGAUGUGCUCAGAUUCCGCGCCAACAUGAUGGUAUCUGGCGCACCGGCUUACGACGAGGAGACGUGGAAGAGAGCCCGCUUCAAGCCGGGCACUUCCGGUCUAUACAACGAUGCCGUGUUCCACGUAUCGUGCAGGACUGUGAGGUGCAAGAUGCCCAACGUAGACCCAACAAGCGGCGAUCGGCACCCGCGCGAGCCCGACAAGUCUCUGCGGGCGCUCCGGGCCGUGGACGAGGGCGCCCCGCUGCUAGGCUGUCUAGGCAUGCAGCUGACACCGCUAUUCGAGGACUCCGUGACGGACGACCAGGAGCGCGCGGGCUGGGUCGCGGUGGGCAUGACGGUCGAGGUGGAGGAGCGCGGCGAACAUGUGUACAUCAAACAAUGA